UAUAAACCAUUAUACCUACUAUAAAAUCUAAAUCUGUAAACUAAACAAUAAGUUAAUAAAAAAUGCAAGCGUUUAUAUUGUUAAUGAUCCAUUUGCAAGUGGAGAUAUAUAUAGAGCGGUAAACAUGCUCAUUAAUAAACGUAUGCAUAUCAAGGUGGACUUAUCCACUCUUCUCUCCAUUACUUAUUCACUUUGAUGCUAUAUUGCUAUUUAAAUAAUACAUUUAUUAUUGGUAGUUUACCUCCAACUUUUUCUGGGAACAUUCGAUGAACCAUGUACGUAAUAACUCCUUCAACCCAAUUCAAUAGAUUUAAAACAAUGUAUUAUUCUUUGAAACAUAUAAUAUACCAACAAUUAUAUUAAAUAUGUCUUGCAAGUUUAGUUAAUUUAUGAAAAUAUUGUAAAAAUUUGUUUAUUGAAGUUAAACUUGCCACUAACUAUAAGCAGAAAAUAAGUCCAAGAAAAUAAUAACGUAAUUAAAUAUGACGUUAUUCCAAGCUCUAUUUGAUCAUCUCGGUCCACGACACUACCGCAAUCUUGAUAGGUAACAGAAUGAGUAAUAUCAUAGAUCAGAAUGAGAAAAUUACUGCGGAUAAAGUCACUUCACCCGAGAAUAGUAGUUCACUGCAAUAUUAACACUAAAACUAUUACUAGUAUAGACAAAUAUGGAACUGAUAAUGAUGGUCAAAAUAAAUUAAUUGAAAACAACGGGAAAACAGAAAAUAUAAUCAUUGAUGUCGAGGUUCAAAAGUAUUCAGUUUCAAGUCUUUUAUGGAAAGAUUUAUAUCCUCAAGUGUUGGCUAGUUGUAUAUCUUUGUUAAUGGUGAUUCAACCGGGAAUACAUUUAGCCUAUUCAAACAAUAUGUUGCAUCAUAUGCCAUCAAUAAAUAAAGAUCAAUUUUCAUGGAUAACAAGUAUUUCGGUUUUAUGCACACCCGUUGGAGCGUUCCUUGUAGGUCUGGAGAUGGAUAAGAUUGGCCGCAAAAAGGCUUGUCUCUUGACUUGCUUACCAUUACUCGCGUCGUGGACAAUAGUGACCGUUUCAAGUUCUGAUAACAUCUACACGUUUUAUGCAUUUAGGCUGUUGGCUGGGAUCGGUGCAGGAAUGACUACGGUGGGCAUGGUGUACGUGUCAGAAAUCAGCCACUCGUCGUACAAGCAGAUAUUGUUGUCUCUGAACAGCGUUUUCUUUUCUGGUGGCAUACUGCUCUCUACCUGUUUGGCGGACCUGAAUUGGAAUGUCAUAAAUUUUUCGUUUGUCGUCUUCACGGUCGUCAACAUGUUGCUCAUAAUAAUUUACUUACCGGAGAGUCCGAUCUGGAUACUGAAGUUUAAGAGUUCCGAUUACAUCGAUGAAGCCAAAAUGGCGGUGAAACAGAUUUAUCCGAAUGACGAUCAGGUGUUCGAAGCAGAGUGGAGACGUCUGAAAUCUGCGUCAGAUGCCACUGCCAGCACAAACGCCCAGCAACCGUCAUUCAUAGAGUCAGUCCGAUCCAGUCCCGCGGCGUACAAGCCGAUUGCCAUAUUGACAGUGCUGCUACUCCUCCAGCAACUGACCGGUGCCUACCCAACCAUAUCGUACGCGCUGCCCAUUCUCAAGUCGGUUAUGCCUGCAGCCUACUCACCGGCCACCGAUAUCCAAUCACUGGCCGUGUUGGGUGCCAUCAGGUUCGCGUCCGGCCUGCUGGCGUGCGUACUGUCGUUGCGCGUGGGUCGGAAACCUCUGCUGGUGUUCUCGUGCAUGGCCAUGGCGCUGUCUUCCACCUUGGUGGCGGUUGCCCACCGUGGCCGUGACGUGACCACCGUCCCGUGGUCCCUGUGCGGCGUCAUGCUGUACGUUUUCAGCAGUUCUGUCGGCGUUCUCGUGUUCCCGUGGACGAUGAUAUGUGAACUGCUGUCCACGCCAGUCCGGGCAGUCGGCGGCUGCAUGCUGGUAUCGUACGCCUACCUGAUCAUGUUCGCCGUGCUCAAGACGUUCCCGUACGUGUUAGCCGCCGUCUCCGUGCCACAUGUGUUUCUCAUGUUCGGCGCCGUGUCCUUUUCAAUGGCCGUCUACGUGCACUUUGUCGUGCCUGAGACGUUGGGCAAGAGUUUCCGAGAAAUAGAGGACUACUUCACAAGAUCGAAUAAACCAUCAUAAAGCUCGUUCGCCGAUAACACGAAAUAAACUCCCAGAGCGUGUUGUACCCCCCCCCCAUUUGGCAAACAUUUACAACUGCUCCACUCCUCAUCAAUACACAGGUGAUGGCAUUAUGAAGGGUGAACCCACCUGUAUAAUCAGAAAAAGUGACUAUAGAACUUUAUAGUUUAUACUUAUAUACAUAUAAAUAUUAUAUAAUUUAUAAAAUUAUCCCUCCAACAUAUAUUUUUCUAAUCACGCCAAGCACUCCCUCUCACAUCUCCACUAAUAGAAUAUUAUGUUUACCUACCUAUAGAUUAAAAUAUUUGAGUGUGUAAUCUAACGUUAAUCAAUACGAAUAAUCUUAAUUCUAAGUAUUAACUUGUUAUUGUAUACGACGUAUUUUGUAUGUAAUAAUAUAAGCAUAAAGUGUAUGUAAUAUAAUUGUGUGUUGUAUGAAUGGUAAAUCCUCGUUUCAAGGUAGGUGAAUGAUUAAUAAUAAACUGUUUACAUACAUAU